AUGUCAAACACUUCCAGAAGUCCCCUUUCCUCCCAAACACCUCAAUCACCAUCACAAUCACCAUUAUCGCCAUUGAAGAGAAAGAAGAUGUCAAUCACUCAAACUUAUUACCUUGCUCACACUGCUCGAGGAAAGCUUUCUUUCGAAGCUUCCCGAGCAGAUCAUGACCUUCGUCUUCUUGUCGGUCAUGCUAACCUUCUCGAUUCUUUAAUGCUUGAGCUUGCCGAAGCGGAGCAAGAGCAAGAAAGCUGGUUCAACCAAUCCGUCCGAAAGGCUACCAAGCAAGAGGAACCAAAACACAUUCAGUGGGCUGAUAACGUUGUCGAAGAAGUUGUCGAAGAAGAAGAAGAAGAAGAUUGGGAAACAUCCGACCUCGACAAUGACGACUCCUCAGAUUCCGAUAGCGAAUUCGAUUCCGAUGAAGAAUUGGAAGAACCUAUCAUGACUUCAUUGACCCGCGUCUACUCCAACAACAUUCACACACCAAUCACCGUCUCAUCGCGAGAGAUUGAGGAAGAUGAAGAGAGCUUUGAAGAUGAUGGCGAGGAAGAUUACUCAAGUCUUCAACUUCACCUCACCAAAUCACAUUACGCUGCAUCAUCUCCACCAGAACUUGACCACGAUUCCGAUUCCUCAGAAGAUGAAUCAAUGCCGCCUUCUCCCCCAUCCGAUACCAUCCCAACUUUCUCGGAAAAGCAACAAAUCGCCACAACAUCCUAUUACAGCAAGUCUACUCCUUCCUCAUCGAUACCACAAUCCGAACAACAAACUUUCUUCGAUGAAGGUUUCUAUUUACCUCCUCGACAAUCCCCGGGUCUAAUAAGUGCUAUAAGCGUUUAUUAA